UGAAAGAUCUAAUUAUGGAAUGACUAAUUAAAAAAAUCAAAAGAAAUUGGACAAAGGAUCACACACUAUACAAGGUGUUAUUAGUGACGUUGGGCUUGUCGUAGAUAUGCAAGAAGAAUUUGUCAUUUAAACACUGAAAUUGAGCGCCAAACGCAGCGUGAAAAGCACCUAGCGGCAUAUAACGGCGAGAACAGACGAGAGUAUACAGAGCAGUGAUGCGCUGUCGUGGGAAUAAAGUUGCGUCUGCGCAUUAAGCAAACGCUUUGAACCCUCAGUAAUUCACCCUCUUCUUUCACAAUAUCAGCUGAUUUCAAUUGUAAUUGAUUAUAAUGCACUAUAAUAUGUCGUGUGUCAUUAAAAACGCGGGAAAACUAUCAUAUCCCCUAUAGUACACCUAGAUACAUCUGUGGUAGCAGCCAACGUCUAGCUGUGACGUCAGCUUACGCAUGCGCACGGAGGUUCCGUACGGGAAAAAAUCCCACGAUAGCGCAUCACUGAUACAGAGCAUAACCAUAACUUCAUGUUGUCGGAGGUUGACGUAUUUAUCAGCAACUACACCUUAGUCGAUCCUGAAAUCUACCAACUUUGGGUCGAUGGACAUUCUUCCAAUGAUGCAGUUAAUAUUCUGGAGCAGCGAGGAAUAUGUCAGCAAACUAACGCACCACUCGAGCUGGUGGCAUCUGAUAUACUUGAUCAUUAUCGCACCUAUGCUCUUCUUGAAAAACUGCUCCAUACUCCUACGAAACUUGCCAGCGAACAACUGGCUUUCCAAAUAGAACCACAAACUAGUCAAAUGCUUAUAGAAAUGUAUUAUGAAUUCGAUGAUGUUGUUAUACGUGAAUUACUAGGGAAAAAGAUAACAUCCAAAAGUAGAAAGGAUAUGGAUGAAGUGGCAGAGAAGACAGGAGUUACGUUGAAGAGCUGCCGAAGACAAUAUGAUAAUGUGAGGAGAGUGUUUAAAACUGUAGAAGACUUGCCAGGUUCUCUUGCAACUAACGUCAAACAACACUUUUUACUUUCUGAGGAUCUUGCUAAACGAUACGCUGCAGUGGUCUUUAUAGCAUGUCUGCGAUUUGAGAUGAACAAGAGAAAACUGCAAUUUCUAACAUUUCCUGAUCUAUAUCACUGCGCUAACAGCAUGAUGUCCUCAUGGACAUAUCGCUGUGUUGGAUCCGAAUACUUCGACACGGAUUUGGAUAGAGAAUUUCUACAGGAAUUAUCAGAAUGUAGAGUGCUUUUAGAAAACGACAAACAUCACAAACAUUUAGUGUGUCUUAAACUCAAACCAAUGCUUCUUGAUCGAUCUUAUCAAGAACUGGACAUGAACUUUCGUUCGUAUUCGAGAGCAAUACUCGCAAUUGGAUGUAAUUUGCACAGAUCGCGAGAAUUGAGAUUUUUCUUCUUAGAACUAGUGGAAAGAUGCAUCGAACCCUGGCGACAAGUCAACUGGACACACUCUGAUCUACGGAAUUUCUUAUCUGUUUAUACACAGUGUGCUCUUGAUAUGGAUGUACUUAGAGAAGGAGAAUUAAGAGAUGCAUUCGAACGUUACAUGACAGUAGUUACAUGCUGCCUAUUACGUAUGUAUCAUACAUAACUAUAAAAAAAAUUUAUACAAAUAUAUAUUUAGAAGGUAUAAGUGAGAGAUAAAGUUGAUAAAUUAUACAAUAGAAUUUAUUAAUUUUCUGUAAUAAAUAACUAAAAACAAAUGCAGCACCUACGCGCUGUCUGUAAUUUUGCAGUUAAAUAUACGUAUAUACGCGGUAAUAAGCAUACAAUUGCAUUAAUUGUACUAUUAAUAUUUUCCUAUAAGUUACUGAGAUUUUUGACAGAUAUGUGAAACUCUACAAAGUGAUCGGCACACUUUAUAUAAAUACGGCAGUAAAUGUAGGCAGCAGGUUGAUAUGGGCUUACUAUUUCAUAAUCAUUAACUUAAUUCCAAUUUUGUUCAAUCUAAUACAAAUCUUAAUAAAAUGGAUUAUAAUUUUUCGACAAAAUGUAAUUAUAUAUUGCAUAAUUAAAUUCAGCGUUUUAAAUAAUUUAACUAUUAAAAUAUGUACGUAUAUAUACAAUCACAAUUACAAUAUUCUAUAAAUAAAAUACAUAUUAUUGCACAUUUCUUGCGCUAAGAAAUAUACUUAAAAUUUCAUUUAUAUAUUACAAUAAACGUUCAGAUUUUUUUCUUAAAACGCAUUUCUUUGUAAGAGUUCCACAAAUAAAACUUAUAAAGAAAUAUUUCCAAAGUAUUCUAUCUAGGACGACUGAAUAUUAUACAGAAUCGAGACUUUGUACAUACUUGCUUUCUCUUAUUUAUCUCUGUACUCGUUUUACUAUUAUCAAUGUGUGUGAUUCAACGUUAGAGAUAAAA